GGAUUCAGAUUUCAUAAACAAUCCGAUUCAAUUUCACAGAAUCACUCAGUCAGAAUGCACGCGACUGUCAUUUCGGUUUUCGGGAUAGUUUAUCUGCUGUUCCUGUUCCUGGGACAUCUUUCGGCCCAAAUUACCGUGGGUUCAAGCACGUUCAAUCCUGGUAUGAUCGAUAUCAAUCCGGAAGCCGGCACAGAACAUUCUUGGCAUCCUAGUGGCAACUUUCGACGAGUCUGGAUAGCAAGACAGCAAAAAAACAACCAAACUAGUUAGAUCAGAUAACAAACCCAGACAAUCCUACGAUGGCCGCCCGCUGCACAAUCGUCUCUUUGGGGAACCAGUUCCAAAGUCCACUUAGUCUUCACUCUCGAUACCGUUAUCUAGAAGCUGUAAAAAAACUAGGUUUAAAGUGCAUUUACCAAUCCUUUGAGAUUGCAUUUAAAUAUAUGAGAAUGAACGUAA